AAGCAGCAAGUCGGCCAUCUUGUUUUUAGGGUCACGAGAACAAAAUCUUCCGCAUAUAUCGCGCCGGAGAUUACAAGAGUAAAUUUCGGAUUUUGCCAACUCUGACCCCGCUUUUCAACGUGAUUUGAGUCCAAAAGAACAAUCAAGAGUUGCUUUUCUUAUUUAGAGGGGUAGACUUAGCGUAUAACACCAUGGCUAGUGGGCCAUACAACUAUUCCUAUAUCUUCAAGUACAUCAUUAUAGGUGAUAUGGGUGUCGGCAAAUCAUGCUUGCUACACCAGUUCACAGAAAAGAAAUUUAUGGCAGAUUGCCCGCACACAAUCGGGGUAGAAUUCGGCACUCGGAUAAUCGAGGUUUCCGGCCAGAAAAUAAAGCUACAGAUAUGGGACACGGCAGGCCAGGAGAGAUUUAGAGCGGUCACGAGAAGCUACUACCGGGGAGCCGCCGGUGCCCUGAUGGUGUACGACAUCACGAGGCGGAGUACAUACAAUCAUCUCAGCAGCUGGCUCACGGACGCCAGGAAUCUCACAAACCCAAAUACAGUUAUCUUCCUGAUUGGCAACAAGUGCGAUCUUGAAGCUCAGAGGGACGUCACGUACGAAGAGGCCAAACAGUUUGCUGAAGAGAACGGCCUAUUAUUCCUAGAAGCCAGUGCAAAGACAGGAGAGCAUGUAGAAGAGGCAUUCCUGGACACAGCUAAGAAAAUUUAUCAAAACAUUCAAGAUGGAAGUUUGGAUCUGAACGCGGCCGAGUCGGGAGUACAACACAAGCCGGCCGCACCCCGGGGGAACCAACUCAACACAGACCAGCCACCCAAUAAAGAGGGCUGUCCAUGCUAACGAUCGUCUCCUGUAGAUCCUUCUCUUCUCUACGGCUUUCGGCCCAGGUUUGUUUUUUUCCUGAUGCUGCUAAGUAAGGACAUCCUUGUUUCUCUGUAAAGGAACUCUUGAAAGAAACAAUGUGUAUAAAUGUAGUUUCCUGAACAAUUGGAUGAAUUGGAAAAGAUGGAAAAAUGCUUCGAAUGGUUUGUACUUUAUGAAAUAUUUUGACAAAUUCCACGUUUGCCCGUUGGUCCCUGUACUGUCCCAAACCACCAUGCCUGUUACUCCUUGCAAUAUCUGAGCGCUACUGUAGUUUUUCAGAUCCAUCAGGGAAUAAAUACAAUGUAUUACAAUGUAGUACAAUGUAUUACAAUGUAGUACAAUGUAUUACAAUGUAGUACAAUGUAGUACAGGUGCUGAUAGGUUUAACGGCCAUGACACAUUACGUGCAAUGAUUUCCAGUUGAGGAGGAAAGUGAAUUUAUUGUUCAGGAAAAUCUUGAGCUACCAGGGCCCAAUUUCAUGGCUCUGCUAACCACAGAGUUCCGCGCUUAGGAUCACCAUUUUGUGCUAACUGUGCUAGCAGAAAAUUUCUGUGCUGACCCUGUAAGCACAGAAUCCUUAGUUACGGGAUGUACGUAUGCGCAGAAGCCAAAAGUCCUUGCUUACCU